AUGGCCUUCCAUGUUCCUACCCCCAACAUAUCCAUUGUGGAUCUGACAUGCCACCUGGAGAAACCUGCCAAGUAUGAUGACAUCAAGAAGGUGGUGAAGCAGGUAUCUGAGGGCCCACUAAAGGGCAUCCUAGGCUACACUGAGGACCAGGUUGUCUCCUGCGACUUCAACAGCAAUUCCCAUUCUUCCACCUUUGAUGCUGGGGCUGGCAUUGCUCUCAAUGACAACUUUGUAAAAUAA